CGACUGGCUUCUCGUAGCAGCUUAUCUACAGUAAUAAUCACAAGAGCCUACUAGGUGGUGGGAGCAGAGCAGCACUUGCAAUUGCAACCAGCAAGCGCAAGAGAGGAGGGGGCUCAAGAGUCUUGACGCGUCUAGCCUUCGCAGAAAAGGGUUCAAGCGAGAAGAGGGGGGGAGAGGGCACGGGUUCAGAGCUGGAGGAGAUGGAGAGCCCGCGCAGCCCCGAGGCGGAGAUCGGCCACCGGGUGGAGGACCUCUGGGAGGUGGCGGAGCCGCAGCUCUCGCCGUCGGAGAAGCUCAACUCCUGCUUCGAGGACAUCCCCGUCGCGUCCUUCCCGCGCACGCACCCGUCCCAAGUCAUUGAGAUUCCUUCAGAUGCAAGUCUUGCUGAAACUGUAGAAAUAUUAUCCAAAAACAAAAUCUUGAGUGCACCCAUAAGAAAUGUUGAGGCUCCAGAAGAUGCUAGUUGGAUGGACAAAUACAUCGGCAUUGUGGAAUUUGCUGGUAUUGCCAUGUGGUUGCUCAGUCAGUCUGAUGCUGCAGUUAAUGGGACGGUUGGUUCGGGACCAGGAUCGCCUGUCUCCAGUCUAGUUUCGAGGUUGGGUUCUUUCACAUUCAGAAGGACAUCAUCUGGAAGAUUAGAAACUGCUACUGAUUCUGAAUCAGACGAAGCAGCAUCGGUUGGUGGGAGCUUUUUUGAAACCCUGACUUCCUCUGAAUUCUACAAGAAUACAAAGGUUGGCGAUAUCUCAGGGAGCUUCCGCUGGGCACCAUUUCUUGCACUGCAGACAUCUGACACAUUCCUUACCAUGUUGCUGCUUCUAUCCAAGUACAGAAUGAAGAGCCUUCCAGUUGUAGAAGUGGGAGGAGAUAAGAUUGAGAACAUUAUCACACAAUCCUCUGUCGUACACAUGCUUGCAGAGUGUGUUGGGCUCUCCUGGUUUGAGAACUGGGGAACUAAGAAACUCUCUGAACUGGGGCUUCCUGUCAUGAAACCAUCGAAACUUGUCAAGGUAAGCGAAGAUCAGCCAGUUCUGAAAGCUUUCCAACUGAUGAGGGAAAAGGGAGUUGGUGGCUUGCCAGUCAUGGACACAAGUGGAGCAAAUGCCAUUGGUAAUAUUAGCAUCAGAGAUGUCCAGUAUCUUUUAACUGCUCCCAAGAUAUACAAAGAGCACAGGUCAAUCACGACAAAGGAUUUCCUUAGUGCUGUUCGACACCACCUCCAGGAGCAGCGUGAGGCCUCACCGUUGCUGCAUGAUGUCAUCACUUGCAAAAAGGAUGAUACAAUCAAGGACAUCAUACUGAAGCUGGACUCUGAGAAGAUCCACAGGAUCUACGUUGUGGAUGACAAAGGGAACACCGAGGGAGUCAUCACCUUGAGGGACAUAAUCUCCAAGCUGGUGCAUGAGCCACGCCAUUACUUUGGGGAUUUCUUUGAUGGUGUUGUUCCCCUGCCUGCAAACAGCACCGUAUGACACAUCUUCGCGGUCCAAUCACACUGAUGUAUCUGUGCAAAUGUACAUUUUGAGCUAUUCUCUUCUGAAGUUGCUUCUAGUGUAUUCCUUUUCUCAGCCUUCUCGGUUCUCAGGUAAACAGACCAUUGCCUACAUGGAGAAAAGGACUAAUGCUCUAAUGGAUGGAUGGCAAUGUUGUACAUUGAAUAAUCUGUGAACUUACCUGAGUUUCUUUUUCAUGUUCUCAUGAUGGCAAUUGUUAUCUGUCUUCCUUCUUGCU